UUCGUAAACCGUUACGUUACUCAUGUCGUCUGCAGUUUACAGCAGCGGGGCAUGGACAUACCUCGCGUUAACUGAAUGUAAAGUUAACCUUGCAAACCAUGUUACAUUUAAACCGAGGUGGUGCCGGAGUAUUUUAAUACCAAAAACAGACGAGAACAACUGACAUAAGGAGCAGGAAAAGAGAACUUACCUUUUAUUUAAACGCUGAAACUGGAGACUAUGAUUAUGAGACUAAGUCUAUAUGCGAAGCGACCCACUGCUGUGGGCGGGGCUUAGUGCUAUUUACUUAAAAGGUACAACCAGGUGUUGAUGAUGUGGGGAGCCGGACUGAUUUUGCUCUACUAUCUCGCGGCCCAGGUGACAUCACAUGAAAUUAAAGUGGAGUGUCAUGAAAGUGAUGAUUUCCCUCCUGGCAAUGAUACCUCUCCGUCUUUCCUGGUGGACCUGAGAGUGGCGAAAGUGACGGAGGGAGAAAAAUGCAUGAUGAACAUAAGCUGGGCAAUCAACAUUGAUGCUAGUAUUAAAUAUCUGACAGGCAUCUGGAUCAGGAUUAUGGGGGAAUCUGCUUACCACUGUAUCUACAAUCCAGCUUUGGCCAAGACAGACCUCAGUGGAUCAAAGCAGAAAUGGUUUUAUUAUUUAGUAGAUGCAAGGUAUGGCCCAAACACCAUCGAAGCUGCCAAUCUGCCAUUGCCUCCCUGGGGGGGGGGGCUCGCUUAUAAGUUUGUCAAAAUCAAAAUACCUCACCCACCAAAGCGUGUUACACCAAAGCCUACUGCAGUUCCUAUAUAUUUCACCACAGGUGAGAUCAAAUCUUUAGAAAAGUUAAAAGACGCUGUCCCUGUUAAUGUCCACUUCACCAGCAUAGCAACGGCCAUUUUUGGAGGACUGGUCAGUCUGGUGAUCCUGCUUUCCUGCUACAUGAUCUAUCAAAGAUUUGGAGCCAACGUUGCCACAUUAUCAGAUUUCAAAAGGUUGCCUACAUCUCCCAUGGCUCCCGUCCCUGUCCUUGUGGUGUACCCUGCUGAGGAUUCAGCCUUCCAGCGGGCCGUGGUGGCCCUCGUCGAGUUCCUGCAGUGGUACGGCGGCUGCAGCGUGGCUGUCGACAUGUGGCAACAGAGGAAGAUCGCAGAGAUGGGGCCAAUGCGCUGGCUGGCAGAAAAGGCCAAGACUGCACACAGAGUCCUCAUCGUCUGCCCAAAGUCCUCUUCACUGCUCAGCCACUCUCCUCCCAACCGCACCUCCCAAGAGCCCUCAAUACCAGCUUCAGCUCAUGACCUUUACCCCCUGACUCUCAACAUGGUGGCAGGCCACGCAAAGAGUGCCAGCGACUUGGCUAAGUUCUGUGUGGUGCAGCUGGGCGAGCAGCAGGACAAGAAGCCUAGUAACCUUCCGCUGGAACUGAGGGCCUGCAAGACUUUCUAUUUGAUGAAGGACUUGAACAAGCUGUGCAGGAGUCUUCAUACCGGGAGUCAGGAUGACAAGAAGAUAUCAGAUCUGAUCUUCAGACCGGGGAUUGCCGACAGUGAAAAUUGUACAGUGAAUUUAGGGGAAGCUGUAGAAAAGCUACGAGGACACCAGCCAAACAUUUCCAGAAAGGCAGAACCAUUGAAAUCUGUGGCUACCAUUAUUUGAAGAUUUGUAAUGAAAAUGUUCAGAUUGAUGGAGAAAGAGGAUGGGUCAGAAUAGUUCAUAGUGAGUAGCUUUGUCUUUCAUUACGGCUUCUAAAGUGCAUUUACAUGUAUCUGUUCUAUAGCUGGCAUAGACCUAUGCUUAUUUUGGUAACCAAAACACUGGCUUGGACACCUUAAGGGUUGAUACUUGUCUCUGUGUUUUCCAGCACUGCAUACUGUAGCCUAUUACUCUAUUUUGUAAUAACAUUAUUGUUUACCGUUUUUGUUUUCCACCUUAAACAUGUUGCGUUAGUGUUUCAUCUGUCAUCAUCGUCAUCAUGUAGAAAUGAUAAACUGAUGAACACUGGCACAAAGAAAGAAAAAAAGGCAGCAAAGACAACU